AUGCCACUAUUCCUUGAGGUAUUAUGCAAAGGACGACGCCUCUGGGCAGUGGUCGACAACGGUGUGUACCACUCGGUGUGUAACCGCGGGACGUUAGACAAGAUUGGAGAGAAAGCGGAGGUGACCCAGUUUUCAGCAACGAUGGUGGACGGUACAAAGGUUCCUAUCCACGGCGAAACAUCACUGCAGCUGCAUAUAGCAGCAGAGGAGGAGACGCUGAGUUCGGAUCUACCUGCAGCAGUUAAGGAGGUGUUGGAGCAGUAUAAGGACAUCAUGCCAGACGACAUACCUGCAGAAGUACCUCCAGCACGCACCUACGAGCACGAGAUCGUGGAGGAACUAGUGAUGCCGUUCGGACUCUGCAACGCACCAGCGACGUUCCAGGCGGAGAUGAACCAUAUCCUACGGCCCCUACUGGACGAGUGCAUAGUGCUGUACCUGGACGAGAUUCUGAUCUACUCCAAGAACAUGAAGGAGCACGUGGAGCAUCUGCGGAAAGUCUUCGAGAUCCUGCGGAAUAAUAAGUUCUAUGUGCAGGUGUCUAAGAGCGACUUCGCACUAAAUUAA